AUGGCGGAAGUGCAAAGCCACACGGGAGACUUUGAACUGCCUACCAUUCCGGCAGGUUCUUGCGAGCUUGCGGACAUGGGCAAGAAGCGCAACGAGCCGGAGCCAUGCCAAGCACAUGCUGGUCAUGCUAAUUCCAACUCUGCGGGGCAUGAUUGCGUGGAAGGCGUGGAAGGCCACGGCUCGAAACCACCUUCCAAGAAGAGACGUGCUUUACGAGCAGCAUCGAGCUUGGCUCCCAACAGCCGUGUGCAUUCGGAGGCUUUUCUCGAUGACGCCGAGAACGUCUGCACAGCAUCAUGCAAGCCCACGCAACCGGUGUCCGUCGAAGCUGCGUUUGCUGUGGAAGAUGGCACAUGUGGUGGGCCAACUGUGCACACAGGUCGUGAACGCAAGAGACCUCUGCGUGCCGCGUCGAGCCUCGCCCCCAGCGCCUCGCAAUCCACCUGGCGGGACUCGCCAAGUCCAAGCCUCGUCCCAGACGGCCAGGACGAAGAGGAGGUACAACUAGAUCACGUAGCUCUUCAGCAGCCUGGCAAGUGUGUUGCCGAGUGCCAAACCAUGGCAACCGAGAUUGCCAGCAUUGCAGUAGAACCUUCAGAUGUCAACAUGCCGAAUACUUCUGGAGCACUAGCCUCUACGUUGGUGGUGGAGUCUGCUUUCCGCACCGCAACAAGUGACCCGGAUAUUGCUGAUGGUGCUGCACGGCCCAGUGCUUGGAUGGAACCGCCGCAGCACGAGCAUGUGCAGCAAGAUCUUGCAAGAGAACCGGGCCAUGAAGGAUGUGAAAGACGUGAGCCUGCUUCCAUUGAGCACUUGCCGAACGGCGUGAUGCAAGGCCAUGCCAAUGUGGACACAUCAGGGUUUCCAAAGCAGGCAAGGCGUCGAAUCAUUGGCAAGCAGCAAUGCGUUGUCAACGCGCCUGCCUUGUGGAAACACAGCUCGGCCGUCAUCCGUGACACUCUUGGCCACACACUUCGUCCACCGGAAGCUGGAUUCCUUGUGCGUGUCCAGGGUGAUGGCUGGGGAGGCCCCUCAACAAGUGGUGAUACGUCGUAUGUGGCAACAAUCACAGAAGCAGACGCUGAUACUUACACCGUGAUUCGGCGGGGUGACUGCCAUGGAUCAUGGGACGAAACGCAUGUCUUGAAACAGGAGUGCUCAAUCCUUGCUAGAACAACUUCCCAGCAAGACAUGUGUUUGCGAAGUGUGCGGGCGCGCCGUGUUGCGGUGUGA